GGGGGAGCCAUAUCUUCAGUGAGGAUAGGGUCAUUUAAUAAAAGCCACUUGGAGCAGGAGCCGAUCACACACACACACACUGUACACACGCCGCGUACGUCGAGUCAAAACACCGCCACACAUAGCACCACACAAGGAAGAGGAGACAACACACACACGCGGAAGAAGAGAGCUCCUCUGAGUCACCGACAGUCACUCACUCAAAAGACCCAGCAACUUUUCACUGACUACUCCAGUCCACACUCGGAGAAGCGGGGAAAAGGCCGUGAAGCGGGCGAAGAUGCCGCGGGUUGUCCCGGACCAGAGGAGCAAGUUUGAGAACGAGGAGUUUUUCCGCAAGUUGAGCCGGGAGUGUGAGAUUAAAUACACGGGCUUCAGAGAUCGGCCACAUGAGGAAAGACAAGCCCGCUUCCAGAACGCUUGCAGAGACGGACGCUCGGAAGUUGCCUUUGUAGCAACUGGUACCAACCUUUCCCUGCAGUUUUUCCCAGCCAACCUCCUCGGAGACCAGAGGCAGGUCCCCACCAGAGAGUACGUCGACUUUGAGCGGGAAACGGGGAAGGUGUAUUUAAAGGCUCCUAUGAUUUUGAACGGCGUGUGUGUAAUCUGGAGAGGCUGGAUAGACCUACAGCGGCUCGACGGUAUGGGGUACCUGGAAUACGAUGACGAGAGGGCACAGCAUGAAGACGCUUUGGCCCAGGCGGCGUUUGAAGAGGCCCGGCGCAGAACCAGAGACUUUGAAGACAGAGAUCGAUCGCACAGGGAAGAUCUGGAGGACCCUGUGGUUUCUAAAAUCUGGGACUGAUGACACACAGACAGAUCCGGCAAAUCAGAACAGGUAAAGACGCCAGCAGGACCACAGCCUUGGCUUAAACAUGGCCAACACUGAUGUGGAGCACAGGACACGAGGCGCUGAUGAAGGAAGGACACUGGCACUGACUGUUCACUCAUCUGGAUCUUACUGCAAUUGUUGAUCAUCACAUUGUUGAACCUUAUUUUUAGUAAAAACACAUUGGGUGUUUCAUUAUUUGAGAGUGAAAAUGGGAGACUGUAUACUGAAAAAGUAAACUAAUGAAACUAAAUAAUAAACAGCGAAAUGAGCACAACAUAUCUGGGCAACUUGACACAGUACAAAAUAGAUAUUAUCUGAAAAUGAAACCUGUAAUACGGUACAAACUAAAGAUAAACUAACAAACUACGAAGCAAGAGAGAAAUAACUGCUAACAGUUUGGAUGGCUCAGGGUCAUGUAAGGGUCACAUAAGCCUUGCGCAGCAAAUUUCUUUUGUAAAACUGUUUGCAUUCACAUCCAAAUACCUGCUGUGUUCUUAGGCUAAAGUUCACGUUUGCUGGAUAAAGUGAGGGGGUGUGCAGGUGGGGUUUUCCAGGGGAAGUGGUUAUCCACAUUGCGAGGUCAACAAGUGUUUGCUGUAAAAUAACUGUAAUUAUUUCAUAGUACAUUGCUAUGUUCAGGUCCUAAAUUUAAAGAGGUAUGUAGCAACCAAACCAUCUCAAAAAGGACAUAAGGUCUUUUUCAGUUCUGGAAGCAAUCUGGAAAAAUCUAAAUGUCUUCCACAGGGUUUUGCACUAUAUAAUUCAAAUAUUUGUCCAACUGUAUUUUUAUGCAAAACAAAGCGACAAAGAGCCCAGGUGUUUGUAGAUGUUCCACAAAUAGAUGAUUGUUAUAAUAUGAUGUGGUAUACAUGGAUAGUUUUAAACUCAUGCAUUGUUUCAUAUUUUGUAUUUAAUCAAAACAUAAGGUACACUGGGCUGUAAAACUUAAAAUUAUUUUUUAACGUUCAUGUUUCAGUGUUCAAAAUGUGGAUUUGGAUGAACAUUUCUCAAAGUUGUUUCUGUAAUCCAGAUGUUUUAUUCUAUUUUAAAAUCUGCUUCAAUUUGGCUUUUGGUGAUCAUGCAUUUUAUUUUAAACUAACCAUUACUUAAAGAAGGAGUACUGCAAGACCACAGUGGUCUAUUCCCUUGUUACAGCACUAGUGUGAUAAAACGUUACAUUUUGUUAUCUUAUUAUUUUGUCUGUGUGAAAGUCAUGAUGUUUACUUUUUAUAUAUUUUCUGAACUCUGUAUUCAUUUUUCUUUCAGCUUUAUUAUGACCUAUAGCAGUGGUGUUGUAUGUAUAGAUGAUUUGCAAUGUUUGGAUAACAUGGGAAUGUUUGCUUGUUUUCAUGUGUCUUUUAUUUCUAUUAUUAAUUAUGUUAAUAAUGUUUGUUUGUAUGCCCUAGCCAUUUGAUUUACAGCUUGAAGCUCAUUUCAUUUCCAGUGUGUAUUUUACAUGUGUGCACUCAACAUUUCUAUUUGAAUUUUCCUAUCAUUAUGGAGCCCCCUUUUCCUCAAACAGCUUUACAUUUUGUGUUUCUGUCCAUAAAGCCCCGUACAUAACCUUUUAUAAGAACCAACAUUUUAAAGGAAAAAAAAUAAAACAUUAAAAAGUGCAAAACCAAAA